GCCCAGCAAAGCAGAGCCCGGGGCUUGCUGCUGGAGCCUUUGGGCUGUGUUUCCGCAGAACUUGGUCACGGCCCCUCCUGGUGGGAAGCCGAAGCGAGAGUCCCGGUCACCAAAGUUCGCAGAGAAUCCAGGCAGGGCACAGGAGGCAGCGCUCCGCAGAUCCCUUGACUGUGACCUCUGCAAUGCUGCCGGCUGCCCGGAGCAAGGUGCGCGCGAGCCGGGAAGCGCCCCGUUGCAGCCCAGUGCUCCCAGGAAACAUAAAAGAUAUCGUAAUACUGUAUGAAGAAGAUGCAGAAGAAUGGGCUCUUUACCUACUGGAAGUGUUCUCUCAUGUUGUGAGUAGGGAAGGAAUCCUCUUAUAUAGCUUAGAGAGUUUCUCACUGCAGCAUUUGGAAUUAAUGCGCUUAAAUUUUUACAAUUGUAAACUUUUGAUAUUAUCAAACAGCCUGCUCAAAGACCUAACCCCAAAGAAGUGUCAGUUUCUAGAAAGGGUUCUUCAUUCGCCAGAAAGUGUAGUGACUCUGCUUUGUGGAGUGAAGACUUCAGAUCAGCUCUAUCAAUUAUUAAAUAUCUCUGAAAGCAAAUGGGAGAUCUCAACCGCACAGGAGCCUGAGGACUACAUCUCUGUGAUCGAGAGUGUGCUGUUCAAAGAUACUGAAGACUACCUCGAGGUAAUAACAGAUGUGGGAGUCAGCUCUACUGGGAAUAUGAGCCAGAGGAAGGAAAUUGAAGACUUGCCAGAAGCUUCCAUAAGCACUGUCCCACUGGCAGUGGUGCUUCCCACUGAAAUUCCAUGUGAGAAUCCUGGUGAAAUAUUCAUUAUUUUGCGAGAUGAAGUAAUUGUUGAGACUGUGGAAGUUGAAUUUUGGUCAGAUAAUGUGCGCAUUAGAACACGACCAGCUGUUUGGAAUAAGAAAGUCUGGUGUAUGAGAGCAUUAGAUUUCCCUCCUGGCUUGGUCAAUGUGGAUGUCUACUGUGAUGGAAUCAUCAAAGCCACAACAGAGAUCAAAUACUACACAAAUGAAAAGGCUGCACAAUGCACAUGUAGAGUACCAGAUCCAAGAGAGAGUUUAUGCCAGAAUGGUGUUGAAGAACUUGACGACGCCCUUGCAUCUGUAUUCAAGCAUGAGAUGCCAUAUUAUGAGUUCUGGCCUCUUCAAACUAAGCCCUGUCCUCAAGAUCAAUAUACUCAUUUUGAACAACUCCCAACUCUUCUUCACUGUGCUGCGAAAUUUGGUUUAAAGAGACUGGCUAUCCAUUUGCUUCAGUGUUCAGGAGCUACGUGGGCAUCUCAGAUCAAGAAUAAGGAGGGUUCAGAUCCAGCCCGUAUUGCUGAAAGAUGUGGGCAUGAGGAACUCAAGAAAAUCUUUGAAGACUUCGCAAUCCAAGAAGUUAGUAGAAUUAAUGAAGAAGAAAGUGACUACGAAGAGGAUUUUAUCUCAUUUUCUAAAUGUUCACUCACCUCAGAGAACCCUGCGUCCCAUCAUGAGAGCAGGACACAUGAACCAAGUGCAGACGAAGCCCAGGCAAAUAGAACCACAGGGAGCAAGCAUGAGAAAGAAUCCGAUGUGGAGACACAGCGCAGACCGUCAGAGACAGGCAGUGAGAGUUCUGAGAACCAUUAUGAUGACCUGUAUGCCGUCAUCCCUGAUGUGGAGCCAGAAAAUAAUCUGCCAGUGUCACACAUGAGCGACAGACCCCCACUCCCACCACCACGCCCGCGAACUAUGACUGCUGCCUUCCAACUGGAAAAGCCUCACUGCACGCUGCAAGCAGGAAAAAUGGAAAGUCAAAUGGAAAGAAAUCAAAAUUGGUGUGAUGCUGGUGUAAGAAAAGAAAUUGGAGCUGAAUCCAAAGGAGAAGAAGAAAUGGAAGAGGAUGGACCAGGGCAGCAGAAAGAGGAAGAUCCAUAUAUCUUUGCCGAAAUUGAUGACAGUGAAUAUGACACCAUCCUGGCCAAUAUGAGUAUCAAGAAAAAAUCUGGAAGUCGGUCAUUCAUUAUAAACAGACCUCCUGCCCCUACACCAAGACCCACACACAUCCCUCCAAAGGAAGAAACCACACCUUACAUAGCUCAAGUAUUUCAACAGAAGGCAGCCAGAAGACAAUCGGAUGGUGACAAGCUCCACGGUCCUGCUAAGAAACAAGACAGAGCGCGAGUGGAGAGUCCAGCAUUUUCUACCUUAAGUGGCUGCCUCGCUGCUGAACAGGAAGAACUCAUUCUCCUGCAGGAGAAAGUCAAGAAUGGAAAAAUGUCCAUGGAUGAAGCUCUGGAGAAGUUUAAACUCUGGCAGAUGGGGAAGAGUGGCCUGGAAAUGAUUCAGCAGGAAAAACUACGCCAACUACGAGAUUUAAUUGUUGGGAAAAGGCCAGAAGAUGAAAAUACCUGUGAUAAGCUCAACAUUGUACACCAUCCAAGCGGCAAUGAUGUUCUCCACAAUGAGAAAUUGCUGUAUAGCAUACCCUUCAGCAACAAGCUUCCUGCUCGACUUCAUGUUGAAAAGGAAUUCGGUUUCUGUUGCAGGAAAGAUCAUUAGAAAGGUUAUUAUAAUGAAACAAUCAGCAGAUACUGUGCCUUCUGCAUGAAGCAAGUUUACAUUCGGAUGCUGUGCUCUCUCCAGGGCAAGUCUGUACUAUAAAAACAGAAGUGAGACUCUGAAGUUCAGAAUUUGGCACAGUCACAAGUUAUUAGCAUUGUUCCUGCUCCAGAUGGGUUUAUAAAUGUCAAAAUAGAAUGCCAAAAGAGCAGUUGUGUUAUUUGAAAAUACUUGCAUUUGUAAUGCACUUUGUCACUGAGGCAGCCAGUUUCCAUUUUGACAAAGGAAGAUGAAAGUACAGAAGUUCAAUGUCGUGUGACCAAAUUAUUUUGGCCUUUUAGAGGCACUAACCUUACUGGAUUACUUCUUAUUAAUAACAGCCAACAUGUAAAUACAAAUUCAUUUAGCACAUGUUUUACUUUUAAGUGAUUGAUCAGUUUUCUAGGUUUCUCACAUUCAAAGCUCUAUUUUUUGUUAAUUUGAAAAACAGUACCUGAUUCACAUCAAUUAAAAUACUUUAUUAAAUUUUCCUAUCAUUAGAGCUCUACAUGCAUGUUCUAUAUUGAAAACUUAAUUUUGUCAGCUAAUUUUUAGAAAUAAAUCACUAGCUUGGACUACAAUGCUGUCACAUCAUUCCAUGAUUGUAUGUACAAAUACUACAAAUAAAUUGAAUAUUUAAAACUGUCUUUUCAAAAUAAAU